GAAUUCUGCCUGCUUCUGGCAUCCUGGCAACGCUGUUCAUUGGUGUUAUUACUAAUGACAACUGUAUUUACCAGUGAUUAUAUCUAAAUUAGAAAAACAGGAAAAUUGCUAAUUAAUUAUAAAAAUGUCUGGCUAUACUGGUCAAGACAAUUACUGGGGCCAACCAGUCCAAGGACAAUAUAAUUUCGAACCCUCUGAUUUUGGUCAAUCUAACCAACAACUCGAAUUCCAAACGUACAGUGACCAACAAACUGAGAAUUAUUCCUCGUACAAUCAAAAACCCUUUCUUAACCACACUCAAAAUGCGUACAGUGGUGAUAUGUUCAAUCAAGAUGAUUUUACAAAAGGUUCGAAUGGAUAUGUAGAUGAAGAGGAUGAACCACCGCUCUUGGAAGAACUGGGUAUCGACCCCAAACGAAUAUUGCAAAAAACAUUGGCUGUAUUAAAUCCAUUUCAUAAAAGAGGAGAGCUCGAUGAUGCAAACUAUCUACUUCAAGAUUCUGAUCUGGCUGGUCCAGUUGCGUUCUGCUUAAUAUUUGCUGCAUGUCUUUCAUUAGCAGACUCAACAGCUAACUUCAGUUAUGUUUAUGGUUUAGCAGUGACAUCUUGUAUAUUCAUGUAUAUUCUUCUAUCGUUAAUGAGCCGUAGAAACAAUAUCACAUUUUCUUCUAUAGCAUCUGUUUUGGGAUACUGUCUAUUACCUGUAGUAGUUCUUGCUAGUUCCAGUAUUUUUAUUACGUUGAGAGGCCCUGUGGGAUCAAUUCUUGCCUUGUUGGCAGUCAUUUGGGCAACUCUUUCAGCAUCUAGAUUGCUUAUUGCUAUAUGUGGAGAAGAAAAUCAACGUCCCCUUAUCGCUUACCCUUGUAUUCUUCUUUAUGGUGCUUUCACAUUGAUAGUAGUAUUCUAACAUUCAGUAAAUUUAUGUACAUUUGUGUAAAGGAAAACUACAUUUUAUUAACCAUUC